GUUUUUUUCCAUUUCCGAGCGCUCAAGAACCAGAGAUCAGACCUAUCCGAUUUCCCUUUUUCAUUCUGCUCGAUCUCCCUCUCUCACUCUCUCGGUUUCACCUCCUCGAAAUUAUCCCUUGAAUCAACACAGAUCGACUGGGGGAACUCGAAUUUUCGGCCAUACUGCAGUAGGAAACCGUGUGUCAAGAAAUCCAACUUAGAAGAAGAAAAAUGGAUGCAAGGAGGGAAGAAGAAGGGGCGGUCAGAGGUAAUGGCGAAGGCAGGGGGCAUCUGGUGGCGAGGGAAUCGCCGAGGGCGCCACAGCGGCAAUGGGAGGAGCUAGCAAGAGUGCUGGGGCUUUCAGCGGAGGUGUUUCAAGUAGUGGGAAUACUCCUCACACUCCCACGGUGGAGGAGUUGCUCAAAGCUGCGGACGAAGGAUUUUCCAGCGGUCAGGAAGCUACGGCAAAGAGUGAGGCUACAACGGUGGGUCAAUUCACUGCCACAUCUAUUUUGAGGACUUCAGUUGUGGAACCGAGGGGCGGGGAUGGUGGGAUCGGAGCUUCUGAACCGGUUCCGUUAGUUGAGGGUGAUUUCUUAGAGAGAGCUGAUCCUUUGGACAUUCUUAGGGCUCUCAGGGUUGACCCUAGUGCUGCAGACAUACUAAGAGGAGCCGGUUCCCCCGAUGCCAGGGCUGUGGCUAUGCUUUUGGGUGCAUUGCUAAGCCAAGGUGAUGAGGAGGCAAGGAUGCCUGGAGGAGGAUCUGGGCCGGAGGAGGCAGGAAUGCCUGGAGACGGACCCGAGGCAGGGGAGGAGGUAGAGGAGCGAAUUACAGUGGUGGAGGAAGUGAAGGCCUUUCUGAAGGUUGAGCGCCCUCCUUUUUCUCCCAACACUUAUGCUCUGUAGCCACAUUUCUUCGAGCCGGUGGGGAUGACGGGCUACACUUCGGUUAGCGCUGACUACCCGGGGUACUUGCUCCUGAGAGAUCACAAUCAUCACAUUUCGUCGGAGUGGACCACGCGUACUGUCAACGUUUAUGGCCACGGAGGUUCAGCCAAAUCUUUAGAGUACUUUAAAGCGUUGCCUCAGAGCGUGCGAGCAUUGGUGGAAGAAGCGGGCUUUGGGCCGUUCCUAUAGCUAUUGACAGUGGUUAGGGUCAACCAUGCGGUGUUGACGGCGCUGACAGAGAGAUGGUGGGGCACCACUAAUACCUUCCAUUUCCGAUUCGGGGAGAUGACGUGACACCCCUUGAUUUUGCAGCGAUCACAGGGCUCAGGGUUGGAGGAGAACCCAUUCCCUAUGAUUCGGGCUUGGUAAAUGAUGAUGCAGCAUUGAGAUGGUUUCUCGGGCAAGUCCUGCUUCACAAUGGUUGAAUGGCGACAUAUGGCUAGUUCAUGACGUACUGGGACCAUGAGCCAGCAAAUGAUGAGGAGGCAGCCCAGAUGGCCAGAGCUUAUUUGUUAUACCUGUUCUUCUUUGUUCCCAAACAGAUGAACACGUGUCCAUCUCUGCUUCUUGGCGGGUCUGGUUGAUCUGAGGCGAGCGGGGAGAUACGACUGGGGUGGUGUCGUGCUGUGCACACUCUAUUAUUUUCUUUGAGCUUCCUCUUGCGGAGUCGGCAAUACCAUCGGUGGGUAUUGGAGAGUAAUCGAGGGAUGUUUCCUCUCGAGAAUACUUGCACAGACCCACGCUUACUUCCUCGCGGCCUAGCUUGGAGUAAAGAGUAUAGGAAGACCAAGGAAAGGAGAGGGGAGGUGAUGACUUUUCGUCGUUGGUUGGAUAACCUGAGAGGCGUUUCGGUAUGGAUUGAAUUUUAUGCUUAUUUUUCAAUAUCCAUCGUUUCUGAAACUGAUCCCCUUUUUGACAUUGUAGAUUUUCUGGAAUCGCUGGGAUGGGUUGGAAGCUGACUACUUAGUAAGGAGUCGGGAAGUAACCAGGAGCAGGGUUCUAUUGGAGUGUCCUCUUGGCUAUCAAUGGUAUCUGGGGGAUCGAGUGACUCAACAGUCACUCGGGUUCUCGGUGUUCGUUGUACCGGGGCCACUUCCACCUUGAGUGCAGAGAACAGAUACUUACACUUGCGCAGAGCUCGAGCAAUUCAUGGUGCCAAAUACUGAUUUAGAGCAGCUCCUGCGGCUCACGAUGGAUCAUGAAGCUUACCGAGAGAGGUAUUUGCCUACGAGCUUGGGCAUGGAGCAAGAGCUUCAAAGGCGGGUGAAUGAAGCAGAAGCCAGGGUGACAACUCCUAAGCUUAAGGGAGAGAUCAGAGGAGAGCGUGGUCGCGGAGGCUGCUCAUAGAGAGGCAGCGGUAGAGGUGCCAGCUCUCGAGGAAGGGGUAGUGGUAGUACAGGGGUUCCAGAGGUAGCAGUAGGAUGUGGUGAGGGUGCCCCAGAGGCGGGUGAGAUGCCUGAUUUGCGAUGGGAAAUAAGCGCAAGGGAUCGAACAAGUGCUCGGGCGAUUGUGGAUAUCCCACGCCUUCCUCGCCCGGAGAUGAAUUUUCCAGCUCAGAUUAAGCGAGAAUGGGCUGAGUUAGCCAUUAUGAAGAUGUUGGGAAUGCACAAGCUUUUACGAAACUGCGCCAAAGGGAAGACAUUACAGACUCGCCUUGCCCCUGAGCCAGCUAUCACACCAGUCGUGGAGCCGUCACAGGUGCAGACUCACCGCGCGACUCGAUCACAGUCUCAGGUGGUCACCAGGCCUCUUGCCCCUAGAGUUUCACAAGUGGGUAGCCGACAGUUUGAGCUGCGGCCACGGCCUGGAGCCCAGAGGCAACCUGAGCCUGAGGAAUCAGAGGAGUCAGGAGAGCCGGAUGAGCCAGAAGAGUCUUUGGGUACUUCAGACUUAGACACUAAUUCUGGUUUACCUGACCCUCCUACCGGAGACAGCGAUGGUGAUGAUGACGAUGAGAGCUCUGAGGAGGAGGAUCCACCACAAAAGAAAUCACGACACGACUGAGCUUGUUUUUAAUUUGCUAGUUUUCAUAUGAGCCUACGUGCUAUGAGUAGUUGUAGUUUCCAGGCCUGCAUGCCUUGGCUUUUGCUUGGGCCUGCAUGGCCCUGGUAGUUAGCAUUUGGGCGAGGGUGCCCCUCUUUUGAACAUUGCAUAUACUGCUUUUGAUUUAUGAAAAUUGCAUCCCUUUUCUUUG